AUGGCGCUCAUUGGUUCCAUCGAAGCUUUCAAUCCAAGAGAGACGGAUAUUACGUCAUAUAUGGAACGUAUCGAGAUGUUAUUUGCUUGUAAUGAGGUGGUAGCCGACAAAAAAGUAUCCCUAUUACUAACCUUAAUAGGUGGUGAAGCAUACGGAGUGCUUAAAGAUUUGUUAGCGCCUACCUUACCGAGUACAUUGGCAUUUGAACGCCUUCGCACGGAGUUGGAAAAUCACUACAGCCCUAGAAGGUUAGUGAUAGCUGAACGGUAUAAGUUUUACUCGGCAGCGCAAGAAUCUAAUGAGGACAUCAAGUCAUAUGUAGCUCGACUCAAGAACUUGGCUAAACAUUGUACCUUUGGUACAUUCUUGAACAAGGCCUUACGCGACAAACUAGUAUGUGGUAUCCGUUCAGAAAAUAUUCAACGGAAACUGUUAACAGAAGAUAAUCUGACCUAUGAACGAGCGUUUCAAAUUGCUACAAGUAUGGAGAUGGCAGAGGGUCAAAUUAAAGUCAUGGGCACCGAUGCUACGUCUGUCAAUAAAGUAAGCGUUUCAAAGUACAGCAGAAGCAAGAAGGCCGGCCAGUCAUCAUCGCAAAAUAGAGCCACAUCCAGUCAGCCCGGACAAGCCAGCAGAGCGGAUCAUCCUUCAAGCAGCACAGGCAAGACAAAAUGCGGAAGAUGCCUCAGAGUUCACUGGGAUAACAAUAAGUGCCCGGCCAUCAACUGGAAAUGUUUCUCAUGCAACCAGAAGGGACAUACAGCAAAAUCAGCGUUAUGCAAGAAUAAAAUUAACGAAGUAGCAGCGGAAGAGGCUAGUCAAGAGGAGCCAGAUACAGACGUAAAUAACCCGUCAGAGUUAGGCUGGUUGAGGGAAUCGGGGGAGAUGUAUUUCCUAAACACGUUAAGGCGUUGCAAAGGUAAUGAAAGUUUACGUAUUCAAUUGCCAGUGGAGAACAAAGUCAUUAUAAUGGAAGUCGAUUCGGGCGCAUGUAAGUCAGUCAUUCACAUAAAUGAUUAUAAGAAAUGGUAUCCGAAAAUACGCGUAGAACCGGUUACUUUUCAAUUGCGAGUAGUCACAGGCGAACAAGUCAAUAUUCUCGGUCAAAUAACUGUUUCUGUAAGAUAUCAAAAGAAAGUAUUUGCUUUACCGUUAGUGAUAUUAGAUAGUAAGUCUAGAUUUACACCACUACUGGGUAGGAAUUGGCUGAAUAUUCUUAAUCCACAUUGGAAACAGGUUGUGGACACUAAAAUGAUCGUCGAACAGUGUAAAUUGAGCAGUAUAGGCACACAGGAGUCAGACAUUGUCAAAGGGUUGUUAGGUGAAAUCAAAAGUAAAUUUCAGCGGAUUUUCGACGAGGAACCUAAUUCGGUAAUUCAACAUUUCAAAGCUGAAAUUAAACUUAAAGACAAUGCCAAACCCAUAUUCCAUAGAGCAUACAGCAUGCCAUAUGCGGUAAAGUCAAGAGUAGAAGAAGAAGUAACAAGGAUGGUUCAAUCGGGAAUCCUAACAAAAGUCGCGCAUAGUAGGUGGGCUAGUCCCAUUGUGGUGGUACCUAAGAAAAAUAAUUCGGACAUUCGAAUAUGUGUAGAUUUUAAGAAGACCUUGAACAGGGUAAUCGAUAGAGACCACUGUGUGUUACCGUUACCGGAGGAUAUUUUUGCUUGUCUGGGGGGGAGCAAAUUUUUUAGCGUAAUAGAUUUGCAAGGUGCAUACCAACAACUACAAAUUGGCAAUGAUUCACGUGAACUGUUUACCAUUAACACACACAUGGGUCUAUUUCGAUACAACCGUCUUACGUAUGGGGUGAGCUCAGCACCGGGUAUCUUUCAAUCAUGUAUGGAAAUGAUCCUGGCGGGUAUACCACAAGUCAAGUGUUAUCUAGAUGACAUUUUAAUUUACGGGUCAUCGUUGUUAGAAUGCCACAAAAAUGGCUUAGCGGUCUUGGAACGACUAUAUCAGUACAACGUCAAAGUUAAUAAAACCAAAUGUAAAUUUUAUAAAGAAAGUGUCGAAUUUCUAGGACACAGGAUCGACUCGAAAGGAGCCCAUCCAUUGGAACAUAAAGUGGAAAGUAUUCGCAAAGCCCCAUCACCACAAAAUAUUACGCAGCUGAAAUCAUAUUUAGGGUUAUUAAAUUAUUAUGGAAAAUUUAUCCCCAUGUUAUCAGCUAAGCUUAGACCACUAUACAACCUUUGUAAGUCAGCAGUAGACUUUAAAUGGACGAAGGAACACGAACAGACUUUUCAGACUAGUAAAAAGCUGCUUACCUCUGAUUCCGUGCUUAUACAUUUCGACCCGAGGUUACCUGUUUACGUGACGUGUGACUCUAGUGGAUAUGGAGUGGGAGCGGUCUUAAGCCACAAAAUCGGUACCGACUUACGACCUGUUUUAUUUACAUCGAGUACAUUAUCUACGACGGAACAGCGUUAUUCAAAUCUUGAAAGAGAAACUUUGGCACUUAUUGUGGCAUUAAAAAAAUUUCAUAAGUAUAUCUACGGUCGAAAGUUUACAUUGUAA